AUGUGGGACACUCUUUUGUUUUCUAUUGGAUUCCUCGUAGUAACCCUUCGAGUGAUCAAGGCGUUGCAGCUGGGUCCGAAACUACCACCUGGGCCUUCAGGUUUUCCAAUUGUGGGGAAUCUUUUUCAGAUUCCGACAAGUCAGCCGUGGCUGGUUUUCGACCAGUGGACGAAACAAUAUGGUCCCAUCUUCUAUCUCAAUAUCGCCGGCCAGGACACAAUCGUGUUGGGAACGCACAAAGCAGCAGCAGAUCUUCUAGAUCGACGUGCCAAUAUUUAUUCAGAUCGACCGGACUACAUUGUUCUGAAUAUGCUUACGAGUGGCAUGCACUGGGGAUUUGCCCGACUCAAUGACUUGUGGAAAAGACAACGCCGGAGAGUUCACGAGGCGUUGAGAGCUCAGACAGCAAAAGAAUACUUCGGAUACCAAGAGGCAGAGUCUGUCAUUAUGCUUGAUCAAAUGCUGACCGACCCAGAGAACUUCCUUGACCAUUUUCAACGCGCAUCGACAUCUCUAACUCUCUCUAUAGUUUAUGGAUGGUCACCGCUUCUGAACUCUGAUCACCCAAUCAUUUGGAAAAUUGACCAGUUUAAUCGAAAAUUUUUUGUAGCCGCUGUUCCAGGGUCAUUCUGGGUUGAGUUUAAUUACUUCGAGUGGAUGAGAUAUCUCCCAAGAUGGAUGUGUGCAUGGAGACGGGAUGCAGAAGAGACCUUCAAGCGUGUCACAGUCACACUAGAAGGGCUGUCUGUGGAUGUACAAAAGCGAAUAGAUAGGGGCGAUGAUCCAACAAGCGUCUGUGGAAAACUUCUCCGAAACGUUCAGAAGGAGGAUUUUUUCGAAGCAGCUUGGACUUCUGCCUCUGUUUAUUUAGGCGGAGCAGAAACUACCUCUGGUCAGCUAGCUUGGUUCAUGCAGGCGAUGAUUUUGUAUCCGGAAACCCAGCGGCUAGCACAGGAAGAACUCGAUCGUGUUGUUGGACCAUACCGUCUCCCCACCUUUGAUGACUUUGAUCAUUUGCCGUUUAUACAAGCUAUGGUUAAAGAAAUAAUGCGCUGGAGAGGGGUAGGCCCACUGGGAAUACCUCAUCGGCUCACUCAAGAUGAUUAUUAUGAAGGAUAUUUCUUGCCUAAGGACACGAUCUGUUACGCGAACGUUUGGUCGAUACAUCUCGACAAGAACGUUUACGGCGACGAUGCUGAACAUUUCAAUCCUGGGAGGUUUCUGGAUAACAACGGAAAGCUUAAAUCUUCGAUCGCAGAUACUAGGGACGAGGGACAUGUCACUUACGGUUUUGGAAAGAGAAUCUGUGUUGCACGGCAUGUGGCAAACAACAGCUUGUUCAUCCAUAUCGCAUUUUUACUCUGGGCACUGAAUAUUAGUGCUGAGAUAGAUGCAGAUGGAAAUCGCAAUCUUCCCGAUUCCCUUCAGUGCAAGGAAGGUCUCAGUGUUCGACCGGUUCCUUUCUGUUGCAACAUUUCUGCGCGCAACCCGGAUGUUGCGCAAGUGGUAGCGCAAGCAAAAGCCGAUAAAGGAAUCUGA